AUGCUCUCAGCUCUGUGGAAUUUCGGCAAUUCUACUGCGCGGUCGUCCACGGCAUUUCUGCGAGGUCGAUGGUUCCAUGCGUGUAACGUAAAUCACACACCCUCACACAAGGAUCCUGUAAAGCGCAGAGAGUUACUAGAUCGACAGAACGCUGCUAAGAGACUCAAACGCCUCGAGGAUCCUACCAAGUACCGGAAUCAGAGACGAGAUUAUCACAAUACCCAUUACUAUGGCAGUCCUGAGAACAAACAAAAGUAUACUGAGAGGAACAAACGACCAGAUGUGAGGCAACAAAUCAAGGAAUUCAGACAAACCCCAGCAAUCAUCAAAUCGGAACCACUGCGCAAAUUCAUUCUGAGACGGCCCCAUAUCUGGCGACAUCUAGAAUGGAAAACACAUACGCCUGUUCUUUACGAUACCAAGACCAAGCAUGAGUGCGCUAGCUGCCAUACCAAACCUUUUCAAGGCUUCGCAUUGUGGUGGAAGCGCCACGACGAUCUAGAUCACAAUCCAAAUAUCUACGACUGCCACGCCUGCUUUGUAGCAGACUGGAGUCGUGCAUUGCCCAUUGGAUACGAGGAUUUUGUCUUUGGUCAGGGCAAGACAUUUCGUCUUCGCGACAGGGCUGAAUCCGCUACAACAGCUACAGACUCCAAGGAAAAGGGAUAG